UGACACACUUUAUUUUUAAAGAUAUAAGUCUUUAGAAAUAAAGCGUGUCAAUAUUUAGAAAUAAAGUGUGUCAAAUAAAGUUUACUUCAUACUUAACAUUUGAUGAAAGAGAAUAUCAAUAUAAGAUAAAAAUAAGUUUGCAAACUGGUUCUAGGCCUUGAUACAUUACAUCAAAUAAGAGAAGGAUACAAAUGGAUAAUCUAAAUAACAAUAAAAAAAGAAACAAAGACAAUUUGAAUGACACUGAGUCUAUAGAUGUUAAUGAUGCACCUUCAAAAAAGUUUAAAAUGCAUGAGGAUGGGGUUUCCAUAUCAACACUAAAAAACAUGAUUCAAACCAACGAAAGUUUAUCAAGUACCCAAAGCAAGGCUGAAGACAUAAUAAGAAAACAAGAGACAGUUUUAGUCAGGAAUGACGAGGAUGACAUACAAUUUUCGCACAUACGAUAUUUUCCUGAUGAGCCAAAAAUAGAUUUAUUGAAGGUUGAUUUCAAGUUUAAUUCUGAUAACUUUUAUAAUACCAAUACUUUUCCAAGAGGAACUUUAACAAUAAUAAAUGUAAAAAACUUUAUGAAAUCUUCUAAUAUGCAUGAAUACCCUAGAUUAGGUACAGAUGUUGAUGCAGAGAGUUUAUGUGAUCUUUUUCUAAAAUUAGGUUUUAAAAUAGAUAGGUUUAAUAAUCCCAAGUCAACUGAUGUAUUAAACAUACUGAAGCAGGCAGCAAAUGAAGAUUAUUCUUUAAUGAGUUGUUGUGUGGUGGCAGUACUAACACAUGGAAAAGAAGGGGAAAUCUUUUGCACAAACGAUACUUUAAAUAUAAGUGAAAUAACAAAUAUAUUUUGCACUAAAGCUUUAGCAGGAAAACCAAAAUUAUUUUUAAUUCAAGCUUGUCGAGGAACAGAGUACAUGGAAUCAUUAGACAAGGUUGAUGGUCUCGGAACUGGAUUGUCAAAUAAAGCAAAUGUCCUGGAUCUACCUGUUGAAAGCGAUUUUUUGUACGCUUAUUCAACAGUUCUAGGUUAUUAUUCCUGGAGAAAUGAAGAACUUGGUUCGUGGUUUGUUAAAGCUGUUGUUUCUGUCUUUUGUGAUUACGCCCAUAAAAUGGACGUUGUUCGACUUUUAACACGCGUGAACGAAGUAUUGAGCGAAAAAACAUCAAAUACCAGAGAUAUAAGAAAAAAUAAUAAAAAACAAAUCGGUUCAAUAAUCUCUCAAUUGCGAAAAGAAUUAUUUUUACCACCAAUUUAUGGACCUAUGGAACCCUUAUAAGAUAGUAAAUUUUUAAAAAAUAUUUACAAAAAAGUCUUGUUUUUUAUAUUUCGUAGAAAACUGAAAUAUAUCACUGAAAUUCA